UCAGCUAUAAAGACAGGCACUGCUGCCGCCGCUCUCAGUCUGUCGUCCAGGAAACUAUCUGUGUCACCAUCCAUCAACUCUGCAAACAUUUGAAUAUUACCUUGAUCAUGGCUGUGACAAACCAACCAGGAUCAUUCCAGCCCUCAGAGUUCCAGACUGAAUUGUGUGAUUGCUGCGAGGACUGUGGGACAUGCGCAUAUGGAUUUUUCUGCUACUACUGCCUCGGUUGCAGCAUUGCCAGUGACAUGGACGAGUGCUGCCUAUGUGGUCUGGGAAUGCCCAUCCGUAGCGUCUACAGGACCAAAUACAACAUUAAGGGCUCCAUGUGUGAGGACUUCAUGGUGACCUUGUGCUGUCCGCUGUGUGCCACCUGCCAGCUGAAGAGAGACAUCGACCGCAGAAAGCAGCAGGGCAUUUUCUGAUCGGAUACUUCCCCCCGACACCACAAACGUCUUCUCGUCUCUUUUUGAUGACGGUGUGAAAACUGAUUUCCUGAAAACUCAACUUUUACUUCUGUACAAACUGUAAUCUUAAAUAUUUUAUAAUCAGAUGACAGGAUGUUGACAUGCUUGCUCUUCGUUUGAUUGCCAAACAAAGUCAUACGUUAUUUUUUUAACGUGAUAAAAACUUGACUGAAUGUAUGAAUGCAUAUCUCCCACUUCCUAAAAAGAUUUUCAACACUUCUACUUUUCUAUGAGGGAACUCUAUGUCAACUCUUCAACUGAAGGUUGAACUUCUGAACUUUUGAAUUACAUCAAUACUAAAUGUAUUUAAAGGUUUUAAACAUUAUCUUAAAUAAAAUUACUCUGAUUAUAGCAAA